UAGAUUCAGUCAUAGCUAGCCCUCAUUUCGGCAGUUUUAGUGGUCCCGUCGUGAACUAUUUUGUUGGCCGCGGUGUUAGCCAGCGCCCCCAUUGCCUCCCUAUAGGGUUGGGCUGAGCGGCUGAGGUGCCAGAUAAAGAAAAUUUUACUCCGGAUAGGACUGUUUUCUCUCGAGUACAUUUUACAGUAGGAGUAGCUUUUUUUAGCCGUUUGGGAGGGCUAGAAAAAAUGCUCUUACUCCCACGGGCCCACUGCAUCCUCUCUCUACCUUCGGCCCCGCCGCUUCGUUCUCAGCACGCUGGUGAACCUUCACGUCCGCCGCCCCCUGUCCACGAGUUCAUUCACAGAGAUGUCGGCGAAGCGCGAGAACGAGUCGGAUGGCGACGUGACCGGAGCCGAGGGAGGCGCGCCUCCGAUGACUCUUGCCGCCGCCCCAGUCGUCUGCGCCCUCCGUUCCGUGGGAGACUUCGCCGGUGGCGCAUUCGUCGGAUCUGUAGUUGGAUAUGGACAAGGUUUGUUUACUAAGAAGGGCUUCAAGGGCUCAUUAAACAAUGCAGGGUCUUCUGCUAAGACUUUUGCAGUUCUCUCUGGUGUCCAGAGUUUGGUGGUGUGCUUGCUGAGAAAGCUGCGUGGAAAAGAUGAUAUUGUUAAUGCUGGCGUUGCUGGGUGCUGUACUGGCCUUGCUUUAAGCUUUCCGGGAGCGCCUCAAGCAUUGCUUCAGAGCUGCGCCACCUUUGCAGCAUUCUCCUGCAUAAUGGAGGGGCUGAACAAGCAGCAGGCUGCGAUGGCGCACGUGCUCGGCGGGAACGCCUUGACCUUUGCCCACAAGAAACGUGGUGUUCUCCCGCCCUUCAUGCUUCCACCAAUUCUUGAUGCUUCAGAUGCUUUAUCUUCGUGCUGCCAGAUGCUAGUAAAGCCUAAGCACUAGACAACAUCAUACAUAUAUAUAGAGAGAGAUCCUCUAUAUUCGAUAAACCGGUUUCCUUAGCAUAUGUAAAUUUUUCUUUAGGACACGUCAACUUCGUGGUAGAGUUGCUUCCAGGCAUUGAAGACCAAAUUUAUGUAAAUUUGGUUUGGCGUUUUAGCUGUUAUGCAACCACUGCAUGUGUUCGCCUACAUGAGAAAGGACAACUAGGGCACUAUGUUGACAAAUGCAAAUGUUUGCACAGAAAUGUCUUUGGUUGCCCUUC